AUGCAGCACAUACGAGUUAGGAGUGGCAAAGUGAUGCAAACAGCAGAGGGGGGGGGGGGGGGGGGGGGGGGGGGGGGGGGGGGGGGGGGGGGGGGGGGGGGGGGGGGGGGGGGGGGGGGGGGGGGGGGGGUGGGCAUGCCAAGAGCAUGGGCAGUGCCAGUGGAGCACCCAGUGGCAGACGCGGUGUGCCUCUUACAGACAGUGGCAAGAGCUUAA